CAUGUAGUAUUGCAUGAUCAGCUAGGAACUCCCAUUUCUAUUAGAUAACAAGUUACGACAUGGGAGUUAAUACAAGUUACUGUGAAGCAGGGAAAGGGAGUUUGUCAUUUCUUAUUUAUGUGCUUUUCAAUCUUUACCAAGGAGUAAACGCCAAGGAGUACUGCCAUACACUGGAAGGGAUCAAGGAAUGUGCCAACGGAUGUUGUGGUGAUAAUUGGAGAAACAAUGUUUCCUGCUGUCCAUUCCACCCUGCGACCUUCACAAUCCUGGGUAUUGCGUUGGUUAUCGUCUUCAUAGCUUACUGUAUCAUUAACGCAAUGAAGAGACGGAACAGGAGAAAAACUGUCAUCAAGCCGAAAGUGUAUACCGAUACAAAACAGGUGUCGUCCGUCUCUUAUGUUCGUGUGGCCACUGGUAUCCUAAAGAAGUACCCAUCCAACCUUCCACCUUCAUACUUAAACGGACAGGAAUUGAGGAUACACAACACCGACGUUCCUCCAACCUAUUCAGACGAUCUGAACUACCUUCCACGAUGACAUCGUUCCCGUCCCAAUCACUGUGACUCUGUUAUCCCGACACAGACUCGCUAAAAGACAUACAUAACAACAUCCUGUAUACAACUUGUCCGGACUUGUAAGAUAUGUUAUUUAUGAAGUGUUGCACUCGCGACACUGUUGUUGUAUAUAGUUCUUUUUGUCAUCCUCGAUACACUUGGAGUUACGCUCAUGUAUGCUCUCUGCACCCCUGGAAUAUGUCAUAGCGAAAUUGAAGGCAAAAAGAUAGCUGUUAGAUUGGUC